AUCUCUACUUCCUUGUACCCACCUUGACACAUCUUAGAUGACCUAACUGUUCCUAUUAGCUCAACUUCCCCACCUUCCACCUUCCCUUGCUCGCAAACUGCUUGUAUAAAUGACAGCUCUCUAAGACAAGGCUUGCAUCCCAAAACUUGCAUUAGCCAUGGGCUCCCUCGUCAUCAGCAACGAGGACAGGGAAGGCGCGGAGAUCAUCUACGGCGCGGAAGAAUGCUACAGCCACUCCGUAAAGAUGCUGGAGGCGGUCGGCUUCCCGAAAGGAGUCCUCCCGCUGAGGAACCUCGAAGAGUGCGGGUGGGUGCAGGCGACGGGCUUCGUGUGGAUGAAGCAGAAGGAGCCGUACGAGCACUUCUUCACCGGAACCAACACUCGGGUGAGGUACGACAGGGUGGUGACGGCGUACGUGGAGAUGAAGAAGAUGAAGAAGAUGACGGGGGUGAGGAGCAAGCAAUUGCUGCUGUGGGUGCCCAUUACUGAGAUGAGCAUCACCGACGCCGAUGCCGCGAAGAUAUACUUCAAGUCGGCGGUGGGGAUCGGGAGGUCGUUCCCCAUCUCGGCCUUCGUCGACGAGGCGGAGGGGCAGGAGGAGAAGAAGAAGCUUGAAGUCGAGGUGGGUGCCUGAGGACGUCAGAAGAUGCAUUCCCAUGUGAACUGUGUGUUCGUCUAAAUUGUUCGUGCAAUUACAUUUAUGCCCAUCACUAUGUAUCGAUGUAAUGAUGACGACAUAUCUAUGCCCGUUAUAAUCCGUCCAAUUAAUUCUGAUUAAUCACUAUUAGUCAUUA